AUGGCAACAUUUAAAGAAUUAUAUCACCGAUUGGUCUGUGAAGGUAUGAUAGUUGAUCAUUCUUCACCAUGUAUUAAUUGUGACUCGGCACGUAUACUUGAUAUAUUUCUAUUAUCUGAUAUUGGUAAUACAUCUGUACUUUUCAUAACAGAAUUAAAUAUAUCUUGUAAUUUUGUUGUCGAUAUAUUAGUACGUGUACGUGAUGGUAAACUUUACAGAGAAUAA